AUGGAAGCUGGCCCUACUAAUUGGGAAAAGACCUGUUUUGUGCCUACAAAGUCAGAUGCUCAAGUGGUUGCUUUCAGGAAGUGGUUAAAGAAAUACUCAGGUGGUCAAAUUAACUGGGGAGGCAAGUUCAACAGAGCACUCCCUCCAUCUCCUCCGAAAGAACAACUAAUGGACAGCUUGUUAACGCAGUUCUCUCAGGUACUGGUCACACGUAGUGAAUUGCAGCAGUUGCAGCCUUGCAUACAAGUGUCUCAAUGCACUCGAGGUAGUGCUGCAGGUGAUUUCCAUCGGUUCAAUCGGCAUUGUUGCUGCAACCAAGCAGAACACAAUGUCAGCGGCCGCAAGAACUUCUCUUGUAUUGAUGGCAAUCCUGUGCUUCGCAGCUUCGAGAUGGUUGGCUCGCUUCAUUUACAAGAAUUUUCAUUUCCAUGA